AUGAGCCAACUUCCUGGAAUGAUCGCUGGUGGACCUGCCGGAAAUGCAUUCCGGACUGGAGCAAACGCUAAUGCGUUCGGCGCUCUGAUCCGGUCCCGUCUGCGGGCACUUUUAUCACUGGUACUCGCCUCUGGACUCGGCCUGUGUUUUUACCUUUACUUUUACAGACCCAUUCUUCACGACACCCCCCACCUGCCUGUUGAGGAAGUUAUGGAGCCUCAGAUCGGAAAACAUGAUGAAAUGGGUGGAGCAGUUGUGCCGGAUCUGCGCGCAAUCGGCGCUUCACCAGUGGAGAACUCCGAGAAUAUCACUGUGACUCAAUAUGCCGUGUUUGAACCGAACAAAACCUACACAGACGAAGAGUUGAUGGGCCUUCCAAUACUCCAUCACACUUUUGAAGACGCCCUUGAUCCGCGAAAUGGGUUUCAACCUCUCCGGCAUUCCAAAUACCCGUGGUUGACAACUACUCCGACUGGCACUAUGCUCAUUGAUCGACUGAGUAGGAACCGGUUUCCUCCUCCCAGCUCAAUUGAUUCCUCUCACGGAAGCUCACCACCGCCGAUACCAAUUUGGCCACCGCGAACAAUAUUACAAGAGAAGCACCAUUCACUUCAAAAUCCCAUUCCCAAAGACCGGAUAGCUGGAUUAAAUACGAGUUACAUCUGGAAGGACCGACACCGGAUUCCAGAGGGCAAAAUGCCGAAGGUCCAAUGGUCAGGAUUCGAAAGACCGGACUGGGAAACCCCCUCGGAUCGUGACAAUCGCCUGGAACGCCAGGGCUGGGUCAGACGUGGAUUUCAACACGUCUGGGAGGGUUACAAAGCCAACGCAUGGGGGCAUGAUGAGUUGAAGCCACUCUCAGGACAAUUUGAAGAUGGGUUUUCUGGCUGGGGAGCCACAUUAGUUGAUUCUCUAGAUACUAGCGGCCAUUCAAAAUCUAUCUAG